AGACGGGCUUCAUUUUCGGAUCACCUUCGGGUUAUUGGCAAGGGUGCUUGGAAGCUGUUCGUAAUUUAUCUUAAAGUAAUAAUUCUAUUAAUUAAAAAUUAACAGCUUCCUUCAAGAUGGAAGAUAAAGGAGAAACUUAUUACAAAUCUCACGAAGAGGAAACCAAGUGGCAGAGCUUCAAGAAAAUGAUCUGGAAUUCAGAAACUAAAGAAUGCCUGGGAAGAACAGGGUUAAGUUGGUUCAAAAUCACACUCUUCUACAUCAUCUUCUAUGCCUGCCUGGCUGCAUUUUGGACAUGCAUGCUUGUAGUUUUUUACCAGACAUUAGACGAUAAUCAACCUAAAUGGAAACUAGAUGCAAGUAGGAUAGGUUCAAGUCCUGGACUUGGUUUCCGACCAUCCCCACCAGAAGCUAAUAUUGACAGCACCCUCAUCUGGUUCAAUGCUACCCGCAACGAUACUGUCGAAUACUGGGUCUCCAACUUGAAUGAAACUCUUCAACCUUACCGCAAGUAUCGCACUGGAACCAAUGUACAGACCUGCACAAAAGAGCAGACUGCCUCCAGAGAAAGAGUUUGCAACUUCCCGUUGCUUGAAGGAAAAACAGAGCCUUGCUCUUUAGAACGACAGUUUGGGUUCCCAGAAGGAAAACCCUGCAUUCUCAUUAAACUGAACAGAAUUUUUGACUGGAUCCCCGAAGCUUAUGAAGAACCUCCUCAAGAACUUGUCCCCCACUUGAAGGAACCUUUUGACAAAGACAAGAUUUAUGUCACUUGCACUGGAGAGAAUUCUGCCGACAAAGACAACAUAGGAGAGAUCGAUUAUCGUCCAAGCCAGGGCAUUCCCUUCAUGUACUUCCCUUUCACCAAUCAGGUAGGAUACAGGUCACCCUUCGUCUUCGCUCAUUUCAACCACAUCAACCGUGGAGUGCUCGUCAACGUAGAGUGUCGUGCCUGGGCCAAGAACAUCCACUUUGACAGAGGAGACAGACUAGGAAGUGUUCACUUUGAACUGUUGGUAGAUUAAAGUACACUUAAAAAAAUUUCUCUAAGGAAAUUCAAUGUUAAAACUCGUCACUUUCUCUCUUUCUCUCUCAAUUUCUUGCAUUUUAUCAUUGAGUUUUAGUCCUUUUCUUGUUUGUAGAUUGUUCUGAAUGGACUUGUGUAUUGCUCCCCAUUUUAAAUGUGUGCCAUUUGCCAUUGAAGUUAUUAUUAAGAGGAAAACAAAGCACAUAUGACAUGCACAUAAGCUUUAAACGCUUUAUUAUUCAAAUAGUGUGUUACAUGUGUGGAAAAGAUUGUGGUGUUGUAAACCCUUUUAUAGAUGAAGUAUUUAUAAAAUACUGUUGAUGCCAAAUGUUUCCUUAAACAGAGGAUGGCAAAUAUUUGUCUAAUGUAAACUUUCAAUAUUCUUAUUGAAUUUUGGUAGGAACUGGAGCAGUGUGAAACACUGCCUACCUUUGGUAACAGAGUGCAUUUAGAUCUAGAUUAGCAGUUUGUGUGAGUAGUGCAAUAGUUCUGUAAUCUGUUCCCUUUUCAGUGGUCUGCAAUAACAGUUAUGCUUUCGCCUAUCCAUUUUAGGUAUGUAGAAUUUAGAGUGAGUCAAUUUAUUAUAUAUUUUGCAAUUUCUUUUUCAUACUGAAUUUCAUGUAUAUUUUUUUUUAUUAUUUGUUAUUGUAAAAAAAAUGGAAGUAACCUUAAUUUUUCUUUUAUGCUGUUCUCAUGGAAAUGUGGACCACUGUUCUGAUUAGUAAAUAUCCCAUAACUUUUUUUUUUUAUUCGUGAAGUUAUAUGUGAUGUGAUUCACUGAAAAUAUUGUGAAAAAUUUUACUUUUUUUAUUCAGCCUUUUGUUUCUUGAAAAAUUAUCUUGCUGGAUUUUGUUGCAUACAUACACAUAUCAUUGUAUUGUUAAAAUCUAUUAUAGUUUAAAUUUUAAUGUUGUUUAGGCAAUGUUUGUCAUAUUUUAAGUUUAUUGUUUUUUCAGGUUGUAGUAGAGUUUGUCAUUUGCUUGCACUUUUUACACUGUGAGAUUUAUUAACUUUAGUCAAGUGUUUAAAUGUAUCUCAAACUAUAUUUGGUUUCUUGGUGUGCAUUUUUUUUUGUUAUGUUCUGCAAAUGAAGUGUUGUGAAAUUAUAUAAAUUGAUAUAUUUCUAAAGAUUUUUUGUGAAUGUGAGACUAAGCUGAUAAAAUGUUUGGCACUUGAUAUUAUACAUUUUAAUGGAAUUGGCAGGCAGCUGUUCUAAAAGUUUUCUAAAAUAUGAGUUAGGAAUUCAAUUUAUUAAAAUAACAUCUCUGCAAGGAUCUCCAUUUUCAUUCCCUUUUUUCAGUCAUGUUGUGUGGGGAUAAGAUAUAACAUUUCUGAAAUGAUGCGGGUUUUCUUUUGUCGUGUAUUUCGUCCUGUGGUGCUAAUGUAAUGUUGCACACUCUUUCUUUGGAAAAAAAAAUCUCUUCUGUUCCUAUUAAGACUGAUAUUUAAGGGAUGGGCUCUAAAUUUGUAAAAAUAGCAUAUUUUAUCUCUUUAGUUGUAAAACCAGUUUUGAUAUACGUGUGCAAAUUUGAUUUGCCAUUGGCUUAUUUUCAUUGUGAUACUUCUGUGACAUUGGAUAUAGUGUGAUGAAUAUUGGAACUCCGCAUAUUUUAUGAAAAACAACCCAAAUAUUUGUUCAGGUGUCUCUUCAAAAUGUUGUUCUCUUCAGAUUUCUUGAUAAUCUGAAAGAAGUUAGUAAAAAUGAAAACUGCAAGAAAAAUAUGCACAAAUUUAUUAAACAAUAUGAAUAAAUGAAAAAUUCUCUUAUUUUUGUUUAUGAGAUGUAUUAAAAUGUUGCAAAUAUUGUGUAUGUAUUUAGAAGAAAAUAAAUUUAAAAGCUUGAAUUCUUA